AUGCCGCCCCCUCGACUGACAGAUGCCCAGAAGGCGUCUCAUAAGAUCAAGAGGGACCAAACGACGGAGAAAAGGAAGCGCUUACAUAACACUGUCGCUGAAUACCUGGAGGAACAACGAGUGAAGAUCGAAGCGCUCUCACGAGCUCAUAGUGUGACUCCAAAGGUAAUCAAUGACAUCAUCGGGGGUCAGACACACUAUCGCAAUUCUCGCAAGAUGCAGGUGAAAAACGCGCUUGUUCACGCUAAGUCAAAGGAGAUGAACGCAGGGUCUCGAUAUUCGUUGGCGGAGCUCCGCGAAAUGGUCGCAAGUGACCCCAAGAUGAAAGACUUGACGAGGGAACAAGAGGCCGCCUACAUUUCAGCACUCGACGAGCAUCGUGAAAAAAAGUCGGUUGGUGUUCGGUCGAACAAUAUAGCAGCUGCGCGUGAUGUUGUAGCUACGACAGAUAGGAUUGUCAAAGAGCUGGACGACCUGCGAGUUCGGACUGGUGUCUAUGCAACAUUAUUUGUCGUUCGCGGUCACAUUAACGACACAGUUCAAAGUGCGAUGCAUGGGACCGAUAACUCAGAAGACUUCUGGGAGGACGUAUACGAGCAUCCUAUGGCUGAUUUCCUCAGGCAAUAUGAGCAAUGGGCGUGCACCCAGAAUCAAAAUCUUAACGAACGGGACUCUUUGGAAAUGGUACGGAAGCAGGUGACCAGAAAAAAAGAUAUCAGUAUGAAUUACCAUAACUAUGAAACAGCCAUCAUCGAGACAUACAGUGUAUGCCUGGUGGGGUGGCCCCACAGUGUUAAUUUCAUUAGCCCCUCGAACAUCGGGACUGCGCGAACGUGCUACUGGACUGUUCUCUCACUGGCGGAAAUCAAAGCUCACACUGCCGAACUCGAAGCGCGCUGUUCAGCUGGAGAUGUCGUUCGCAAGCCGCGAAAAAAGCGUUCGGACGCUGGGGUACCUCGGAAACCUUCCUCGAGGUCCAAAAGUGCUGAGUUUGUCCAGUCGUCUGAUGAAGGGGGUGACGACGACUAG